CUACUGUCCAAAGCGACACACGUCGUUGACGCGGCUGAAAUGCGGAGUUGAAAUUUACAAAAUUGAAAAUCACAAUACGGUGCCUGGUUGUUGAAGACUGCUGUCAUUAUGCACCACUGGCAAUGAUCAUAGUAUCUCGACACGAUGGUCAAUUCCGUUCAAGUUAUGUGGGGCCCUGGGGCCAUUGGAUUCAUGGUAGCUACAGCGUUUUAUGGGGCAGCUUUUGGGCAGUAUAUCUUCUACCUCAGAUCAUUUCCGCAAGAUUCGAAAAGACUCAAAUUAUUUGUAUUCAUGGUCUUUUGUCUCGGAACAAUACACGAAUAUGCCUUGAUAGGGAUGUAUUGGUCUAUCCUUAUUUCGUGCCGUCGUAGCACGUCUCAUGAGUGCACGACUGAACUCCCAUGGCAGAUGGUGCUAGGGGUAUUUAUGGCAUGUUGGAUUAUAUUCGCAGUCCAGUGCUUUUAUGCACACAGGGUGUGGAUAAUCACAGAACAUAACCGCUUAAUUACAGGCACAAUUUGCGCAUUCGCCGCUACAGCAUUAGUUUUUGGCACGAUAACAGGCAGUGUGAUAUUCGAAUCGAGAAACCCUGUAGAUCUAUUCGGUAAAAAGUGGUGUCAGAUUUCUGCAGUUGCUGGUGCCUUGUGUGAUAUUAUCAUUACCGGGACAGUCUGGUGGUUUUUGCGUCCUGCACGAACAGACAAUGUGCGGUCAAAACCGGAUUAUCUCAAUAAACUAACACAAAUUUUUGUUCACAUGGGUUUACUUACUUGCAUUAUGGCAAUCGCGAUGGCUGUGCUCUACCAGGUUCAGGAUGGUGGUCUUGGCCAGUUCUAUUCCGCGUUGCCUGGAUCACUACUAGCAAAAACCUAUUUGAACUCGAUGAUGGGAGUGCUCAAUGCUAGGAAGUCAAUACGCGAACAACAACGACUUGAAGCUGGCUGCAGUUCAAUGGAACUUCCUACCAUACCGACCAUAGGUUGAUCUUUCCCUUGUGGUAGCAGAGAUAUAAUUAUUGUUACAAGUUGCUUACAAGCUUUCACCUGCAGUCGUAAGCUGCCACAUCGCCUACGUGGGCCGAAAGGACAAGCGACACAUCCGCGCACUCACUAUCAUUCCUCGUUGACACCGCCG